GCCCGGACUACGGCUCCCGGCGGCCCCGCGCGGGCGGCCGCCCCUUCGCCGCCUCCCGCCGGCACCGAGCGGCUCGCGGUGUCGGCACUGCCCGGCUGCCGCCGCCGCCGCCCCGGCCCCGCCCGCGCCACCCGCGCCGGGACAUGGACUCCGACUCCUGUGCUUCGCCGUUCGCCCCGGAGGACUUCUCCCCCGGCUCCCGGCGGCAUCGCACCGUGGAGGACUUCAAUAAGUUCUGCACCUUCGUCUUGGCCUACGCCGGCUACAUCCCUUACCCGCAGGAGGAAACGCCACUGAGGAACAGCCCCAGCCCUCCCAACAGCACUGGAGGCACAAUUGACAGUGAUAGCUGGGAUCCCCGCUUCAAUGACACCCCCUCCUCUGUCUCCCUGCCCUCCAAGAACAGAAAGAACUUUAGUCAGCUUAAGCGAGCAAAACCAUAUGGUUCCCUGUUCCAGCGGGGAAAGGCCAGCAACUUCCUGCCAGAGCGAAAGCAAAUCGAUAAGAUCAGGAAGAAGAAAAAGCUGAAAAGGAGGGAAACAGAGGUGUCUGCAGAGGAGGACUAUGAGGAGAAGCUGCUGGAUCUGGAGGCAGAGGACUCUUACGCAGAGACGCCAAUGAGCCCCUCUUCGGAGGGUGACCCUCAGUCUGUGACUGAGCACUGCUCGGUGUGGGACUCUGACACCCCGUCCAGUGUCUCCUACCCUGCUGUGACGACCGAGCAGACGGUGGAGAUCCAGAGCGUGGGCAAACGAACGGUCAUUCGGCAGGGCAAGCAGGUGGUCUUUCGGGAUGAGGACGGCACUGGUGAUGACGAGGACAUCAUGGUGGAUUCAGAUGACGAUUCGUGGGACCUGGUCACUUGCUUCUGCAUGAAGCCUUUCGCUGGGCGGCCGAUGAUCGAGUGCAACGAGUGCCAUACCUGGAUCCACCUCUCCUGCGCCAAAAUCCGCAAGUCAAACGUCCCAGAGAUCUACAUCUGCCAGAAGUGCCGGGACUCCAAGUUUGACAUUCGCCGUUCGAACCGCUCCCGGACGGGCUCGCGCAGGCGCUUUCUGGACUAGGGGGGAGACACGUGCUGCGUGGGUGGGCGAGCUGUGGGUGCCGGCAGGGAGGCCGGGGAGGGCUCCCCUGAACUGCUGCUGCUCCGGUGAGAGGGCUGCCCAGCCGGCCUGUGGCCCAGGAAUGAGGAAUCACCGAGCCGCGGGCAGCCGGAGCUGGGAGCGGCCGCCUGGGCAGGACUGUGGCGGAGACUGUCUCAAGGGACAGACACAAAGCUCUCUGUGCUCAGUGGAGUUUUGUCUGGUUAAGAUGACUGGGUGAUGUACAAUACCUUUGCCAAGUAGGUUUUCUCAUUCCAUUGGGAAACUGCAAAUCUUCUCUGUGCUAGAAAACUCCUCCUCCCAAAGAGGGAGGGGAGGAGGAGGGAGUCUGUGUGAAGAGUCUGAAAAGUAAAUGGCCCUGUGUUUUAAAUUCAA